UUUUAACAAAAUUGUAAACAAUUCAAGUCUUCAAGAAUCAUGUAAAAUUUUUCUGUUUCAUUUUGCUUUUAUUCAAGAAAACUCAAUAUUUUUAUGUAAUAUUUAUAUGGAAUUAGUCAAGUAAAAAACUACAUUCUAAGGCCAAACCUAAAAAUAAGAAAGUGACAAGUUAAAUUAUAAACAAGCAAGAUGGAUCCCCAGAGCAGCCAGAAGUUAACAUCAUAUAUCGAUCAAUUACUCGCUCUGCUCGACGCCCUGAAUGAAACUGUUUUGAACUCGAGCCUCCAAGUUGAUGAGCCUGGAGUUGAAAAAACCACUGCUCCUACCCAGACUAAGCAUUUGGCAUUUGGAUUAAAAGUACCGUUCUUUGACAUAGAAUUUGGAAUCAACAAACCUAAACCAGAUCCAGAACCAACUUAUCCACAGCCAGCUCCACAACAACCAGUAGUAUAUGCUCAAGGAAAUUGGGUAUUUAACCCUGUGACAAACCAGCAAGAAUGGGUUCCUGCAGGUCAACAAGCUCCUCAACAACAAUAUGCUCAAGGAAAUUGGGUAUUUAACCCUAGGACAAACCAGCAAGAAUGGGUUCCUGCAGGUCAACAAGCUCCUCAACAACAAUAUGCUCAAGGAAGUUGGGUACUUAACCCUAGGACAAACCAGCAAGAAUGGGUUCCUGCUGGUCAAUCCCCGAGACUUACAAGAGCAGCACCGGUAAACCCUCAGCCUGAAAGCCCUGAAAGCCCUGAAAGCCCUGAAAGCCCUGAAAGCCCUGAAAGCCCUGUAAUCCCUGUAAGCCCUGUAAGCCCUGUAAGCCCUGAAAGCGACGCAGAAGAUUCCCAACCUACCAUUGAAAUGGGUACCAAUGAGAUUUAUAAAACCCUUGAAGACAUUAACAAUUGUAUCAGAGACAUGUCAAAAUUUCUUUUGUAGACAACCGGCUUUGUAAAAGUUACUUCCAUUUUUAUAGAAUGAAUAAAAUCUUACAGAAAUA